CUUACCACAUCCUUUCUUUCUUGGUAACAGUAAUAUUUGUAUCUUCAGCUGCCAGGCGCCGUUUCCUUUUACUCUCUCUCCUCCUUUUUCAAAAUCCAGUUUUUACUCACUGUGAUCAGGCUCCACUGCCUCAGUGUUCUCCAUAACACCAUAAAACACUGACCCAAUCUUUCUCCUCCUCCUCCCUCACAAUCUGACACACUAACACACCAAAAUUCAAAUUACAUUACCAAAAAAAGAAAAAUGUUCGUUUCUUCUUCAUCGCAUGUUCCCCGUUGGCUCCAAGUUCUCCUCACGGAGAAGUUCUACAACGUUUGCAUAAUUCACGAAGAGGCAAAGAAGAACGAGAAGAACGUUUAUUGCUUGGAUUGUUGCAUUAGCCUCUGCCCUCACUGUUUGUCCCCCCACCGCUCUCAUAGACUCUUGCAGAUUAGAAGAUAUGUGUAUCACGAUGUUAUAAGGUUGGAUGAUGCUGCAAAGUUAAUUGACUGCAAUUCCGUUCAAUCCUACACAACCAACAGCGCAAAAGUGGUAUUUUUAAACCAAAGGCCACAGACAAGGAACUUCAGAGGCUCCGGCAAUUUCUGCAGCACCUGUGACAGAAGCCUGCAAGACCCAUACCACUUCUGCUCCCUCUCUUGCAAGAUAAAUUAUCUCGUCAGAACAACGGACUCUCUCUGCGGCUACCUCUUCGAGUGCAACUACCUGCCGCUACUGGAAUCUGGGCUCGACGAUGGUCUAAUGAUGACUCCUGAUUCGGUUCUCGAACCGUCUGGUUCAGGGGGGUACGGAGGGGUGGAUUGUAGGACCACCUUGGCUUGCACUGCCACCACCGAGAUUGUGAGGAAGAAGAGGACCGGCGGUGCCGCUUUCCGGCUUCCGUUCCGGCCGGCGUGCUCGCCGGUCUCGGAAAUCUCGGCGUGUCUCAUGAACCGGAGGAAAGGGAACCCCCAGCGGGCCCCACUCCAUUGAAGAACUUGAGAGAGAGGGUGAGUUUUUUUUUAUAUGAAAAGAGAAAAAAAAACGUUUAUUAAAUAUUAAUAUUCUAAAUACUGUUAUUAUUAUUAUGGAGUUUAAAUCUGGGGUUGGAACUUACUAUACCUUUACAGGGAGAAAAAAAUAACCUCCUAGUUUUGUAGAGAUUAUCACCCUCUGCUUUGUUGCUGCUGUGUAUCUAUCUACCCGGAUUGUUAGAAUUUAUUGAGGUUUAUUACUGCUUCUGUUAUAGUACUAGUAUAUAUAAUUUGAUAAUUUGAUUUGUUGUCUCUUGGUAAAUUGAUGGUGUCUUAUGCUGAAUUUGUGGUUUUAUGAGUGCACAUGGUUUGACCAGAAUGGAAAUUUAUGGUAUAGGGUUGGUUUUUGUGAUCGGCUGCGAUUUUGGUGUUGUCGUUUGCACAACUUGCUAUUCAUUUUGGUGUGUUGUGUAUGCUUUCUCUGGGCUACAAUAUUGGACAUGAAGAGGAAAUUGGGUGAUCAAUUUGUGUAAAACUUGGAUGAAUUUGACUUGGGUCAUGCCAUUUGUUGAGACGAAUAAAUGUGUUAGGAUUUGGUUGGGUUAGGCCAAAACUUAAAAUGAAA